GAGCGUCCGUCCAGGAAGAGGCAGGAUUCCUUUGGGAUGCUGGACAGUCUGGAGGAGGACCGGAGCAGCUGCAGCUCUGACUCCAGCGGGGGGAGCGGAGCGUCCAGCCCGGAGGACAGCGAGGAUGAAGACUUUGGAGUUGGGAAUCAGCUCAGCUCCUCCUCCUCCUCCCUGAUGCUCAUCAAGACCAACGGACAGGUGUACACCUACCCUGACGGCAAGGCGGGCAUGGCCACCUGUGAGAUGUGCGGGAUGAUCGGGGUCAGGGACGCCUUCUACAGCAAGACCAAACGUUUCUGCAGCGUCUCCUGCUCCAGGAGCUUCUCCUCCAACUCCAAGAAGGCCAGCAUCCUAGCCAGGCUGCAGGGGAAGCCGCCCACUAAGAAGGCCAAGGUCCUGCAGAAGCAGCCCCUGGUGACCAAGCUGGCUGCCUACGCACAGCACCAGUCCAUCCAGCAGGGCGGCGCCAGAAAGAGCGUGUCUGUGGACGUGUUUGACUGGGGGCGUUACCUUGGAGACGGAGACGUGACGGGAGCGCCGGUCAGCUGCUUCAAACAUAUGGAGCGUCCGUCCAGGAAGAGGCAGGAUUCCUUUGGGAUGCUGGACAGUCUGGAGGAGGACCGGAGCAGCUGCAGCUCUGACUCCAGCGGGGGGAGCGGAGCGUCCAGCCCGGAGGACAGCGAGGAUGAAGACUUUGGAGUUGGGAAUCAGCUCAGCUCCUCCUCCUCCUCCCUGAUGCUCAUCAAGACCAACGGACAGGUGUACACCUACCCGGACGGCAAGGCGGGCAUGGCCACCUGUGAGAUGUGCGGGAUGAUCGGGGUCAGGGACGCCUUCUACAGCAAGACCAAACGUUUCUGCAGCGUCUCCUGCUCCAGGAGCUUCUCCUCCAACUCCAAGAAGGCCAGCAUCCUAGCCAGGCUGCAGGGGAAGCCGCCCACUAAGAAGGCCAAGGUCCUGCAGAAGCAGCCCCUGGUGACCAAGCUGGCUGCCUACGCACAGCACCAGUCCAUCCAGCAGGGCGGCGCCAGAAAGAGCGUGUCUGUGGACGUGUUUGACUGGGGGCGUUACCUUGGAGACGGAGACGUGACGGGAGCGCCGGUCAGCUGCUUCAAACAUGUUCCGAUGGGCCGGUCGUGGAGCAGCGUCAGCGAAGGGGUCCGGGUGGAGGUUCCCAACACCGACAGCGGUCUGCCCAUGAAGGUCUACUGGAUCGCCAGCAUCAUCAAGCUGGCUGGCUUUAAGGCUCUGCUGCGUUACGAGGGCUUCGAUGGCGACGCCACCAGGGACUUCUGGCUGAACCUGGGUGUUCCGGACAUCCACCCGGUGGGCUGGUGCGCCGCCGGAGGGAAGCCUCUGGUUCCACCUCAGACCAUCCUGCACAGGUUCACCAACUGGAAGAACUUUUUGAUCAAGAGGCUGACCGGGUCCAAAACUCUGCCGCCGGACUUCUCAUCCAAGGUGCAGGAGAGCAUGCAGUUUCCCUUUAAGAAGCGGAUGAGGGUAGAGGUGGUGGAUAAGACCCACUUGUGCCGGACCCGCGUGGCGCUGGUUGAACAGGUGAUCGGCGGUCGGCUGCGGCUCGUCUACGAGGAAUGUGACGACGGGACGGACGACUUCUGGUGCCACAUGUACAGCCCGCUGAUCCACAGCAUCGGCUGGUCGCGCUCCAUCGGACACCGCUUUAAGAGAUCAGACGGGACGAGGAGGCUGGACGGACAGGUGGACGCUCCGGGACAGCUGUUUGCUAAGGUGAAGGAGGUGGAUCAGACCGGACUCUGGUUCCAGGACGGGAUGAAGCUGGAGGCCAUCGACCCUCUCAACCUGUCGGCCAUCUGCGUGGCCACGGUCCGGAAGGUCCUGGCAGACGGAUACCUGAUGAUCGGCAUCGACGGCUCGGAGGCGGCCGACGGCUCCGACUGGUUCUGCUAUCACUCCACGUCUCCGUCCAUCUUCCCUGCUGGCUUCUGUGAGAUCAACAAGAUUGAGCUGACGCCCCCUAGAGGUCGGUGUGUCUUCCUGCAGGCUCAAGGUUUAGGAAAAACUGAGGAUUUGCAUACGCUGAAGCUUCUCUUUGUGCUCCACCAGGAAGUCCCAAACCACGGUUUCCGUCCCGGGAUGAAGCUGGAGGCCGUGGACCUCAUGGAGCCCAGGCUCGUCUGCGUUGCCACGGUUACCAGGAUUGUCCACCGACUGCUACGGAUCCACUUCGACGGCUGGGAAGACGAGUACGACCAGUGGGUGGACUGUGAGUCACCCGACCUGUACCCAGUGGGCUGGUGUCAGCUGACCGGCUACCAGCUGCAACCGCCUGCCGUCACCGCAGGGUCCAGAGAUGUGCAGUCUGCAGGAUCCAAGCAGAGGAGGAAGUCCCAGCAGUACCGAGGACAGAAGAAAAAGAGGAAGUUACCCGUUGCUAAGCGCCCCGUCAGCCUGUCCGGCUCCGUGGUAACGGGCCUUCCCAGAAACCUAUCAGGAGACGAGAACGAGACACCGCCUGAUUACCCGUCGCCCCCCCCUCCGGCCUCAGCAGCCCAGCCACCCGCCGCUGACCCCAACGCAGAGGGGGGAGCAGGUCUGCAGACGCAGCUCCACAGCAGCGCCGGAGGGACGACGGCGUCGCUUCAGCGAGCAGCUCCAGAAACCAACGGCUCGUCCGGAGACUUCCUCUCCAUCAAAGAUCAGUAAAAUCUCUCCUGCUCCUCUAAUCGUUGAACCAUUUACUGUGAAGAAGAACAAAAGCUGCCGUCUACUUUGCUCCAUCGGGUUUCCUUCCACAAACCUCCAGACUUUUAUUUUCCUGAACUGACCUGAUAAAGAAGGAAACUUCAGCUAAUAUCCAGAGGUAUUAAUGUGAUGCAUUCAGGUGCUUUCAGGACAUCACAGCUUCUGGAAGCUUUAUUCUUAGUUAAAACAUCUUUUCUGUAAGCUUCAUAAACGUAGCCUCUAAGGUUUAAAGGUACCUCCAGAAAAAUGAAACCUCUUCAUUACAGAAGCAUAAAAACUAAGUUUUAGAAAAGAAACCAAUAAGUUACAACAAUUCAACCUUUAAAUUAGAGAAAGCAACGUCUAGAUUAUGGAAAGGUUUAAGUUUCAGAAAAGUUUUUUCUAAAUUAAAAAAGUGUUUAGAAAUCUUAGUUUCAGAAUAAGUGAACUUAUUCUGAAACUUUUUAUACAAAAAGUCGACCUAAGGAGAACAAAACUAACAUUUACGUUUAGUUUUUUAAA